GUAGCCAUGAAUUAUGUAAGAGUGAAAUACAUUUGUUGGAUUUAUGGGUUUAUUAUUCUAUUAGGUCUUUUGGUUCUAUUGCAACUCACUUUUAAGCGAUUUGGAAGUUCACAAUCACUGGAAACUACAGAUCAUGCACAAAAGAUGAAGAAUGUUGAUAGUGACUUAACAAGUCCAUUAUUAACUCUUCAAAACACGAUUAACCUUAUGGUUAAAGAAUAUCAACUACGAAGUGCUCGGUCUAAAACUACGAAAGUUCAAAAAGGGUUUAAACGCGAUUAUAAGUUACCGUAUUGUGGAGACGUAAAGCCUUUUUUACUAAUUGAAGUCCACUCUUCACCUGAAAGUUUCACAGCUAGAGAAGCAAUUAGGGUAACAUGGGGCCAGGAAACCAAUGAUAUAAAUAGAAUGGAUUUAGAAAAAAGGUUGACUUGGAAAACUGUCUUCCUAGUUGGAAAAUCACAAAAUGAAACGGUCAAUGAUCUUAUGGUAGUUGAGUCACAGAGAUAUCAAGAUAUUGUUAUAGGAGAUUUCCUUGAUACGUACCGUAAUCUAACCUACAAGACAUUGCUAACCCUGGAAUGGCCGGUUAAGUACUGUCGGUACGCCAAGUAUAUCAUGAAAACCGAUGAAGACUGUUACAUCAACGUAAUGCCAGUCAUUAAUUUGUUGGCUCAGUAUCAACGUAAGACUAACCCACUAUACCUGGGCAGCAUUCACUGGAAAAACAAACCAUCUCGUAGAAAAUCCAGCAAAUUUUACGUCAGUUCAAAAGAAUACCGAGGAAUCGUGUACCCCCCUUACGCUGCUGGGGGUGGUUACGUAUUCACAGCCUCUUUAGCUCCAAAAUUACUACAUGCUAGUGAAAGUAAACCGGCUUUUCCAAUGGAAGAUGCGUACUUUGGAUUAUUGAUGCAACAUAUCGGCGUCAAACCAACCCAUCAGCCUCUUUUUUUGCCUUACACAUUCGGGCGUUGUGAACUUAAAAAAAACGACAAGGUGACAUACGAAAUGUGGUACGACGACAGCCUGUGCAACAUUGCCGUUGCUAUGGUGAUACAUGACGUCCGACCGCACGAGAAAAUUACUAUGCAUAUCAACGUCAUGACUGUACAUUCCGUGCCGUCUGUUUGUAACCAUGAAAAAGAAAGAAGCUCAUGGAAAACUGAUAAUUGCUAUUUUCAUCAUCAAUGAUUUUACCAGGUUGGUCAUCUCAACCAUGAAACAUUGGCGACAUAUCACGUAAUCUCCUCAACUAUACCUAUGAAACAAACUCCAAAACCGUGAAACUGUACAAAAUCUAAAUAGUACUAAUUUGUACUGUGGACCUGAUCAUUUGUACCAAUUCAAUUUGAUUUACGUACCGCAUGCACGAUUUAUUAAAUACAACUAUUUAUACAACUUUUCAGUAA